UUAAAAUAUUAUAAAUAAAAUCAUAUAAUAAUAUAAGAUUAUAUCGUAAUAUUGUUUUAUAAGUAUUUUCAAUAUAUUUUAAUGAUACGUUAAUAAUUAAGUUCUAAGUUUUUACACAAUGCAGUUUGUUUUCAUUCGUCACUUUCUUUUAUCCAUGUCACAUGUGUCUGCCAGUGCGUCAGUACACGCGCUGCCAUCGCAGCUGAGCCGAAGUGACAAGUGUAAAGGAAUUAAAAGGAUAACUUGUAUAGGUUCUUCAUUAAAUGCGUACACUAUACAAAACGAGAGACUAUCCGAAGGGUUGAUUGACGGGCACAUUGUGAAAAUGUUUCGUGAUGGUCAAUACUUGGAAGUAAUAAAGGCUUCAGACAAUUGUUUAGCAACCGCAGUUGUUACUGUUCAAGAGAAGACAAUAAAAAUUAGAAGGAAAAAAGUUUCGACCAAUAAAUGGCUUGAUCUUGAGGAUUGGGCAGCGUUAUAUAAAAUUUUAGAGAGAGCAAUUCUACGGAACGUUCGCAAGGAAGGAUUGUUUCAGAAUUCAGAGAAAUGCAGAGGCCAAAAGUCUACCAGACAAUUGGACAUCACAUACACGUUCGAGCCGUCAGAAGUUGCGAAAGAUGUCACCUCGUUGCCUACGAUCAGAGUAAAUGUGUCUCCUGUGAAAAAAAGAUCGGGAAAAUCGGAAGUAACAGAAGUAUCCGACGAGAAGGAAGAGACUCAAGAUCGAACGGCAGAAAAAACCCGAAACACUAUUUCCGAUUCAACGUGCCAAAAAGAUAAUGAUAAUAGUUUACCAAAGAAAAUCGAAAAUAAUGCCAAUGUAGCGAAGGUGGCGAAUGACGGGGCAAAGAAUGAUAAAACCAAAAGGUACUUACAGCUGGACAGCUUAGAGAGUAACACGUUGGAGGAGUACGUGCCAGAUGCGCCAGCGACUAAAAAAUUAUGCACGAAUUUAAAAUAUAUACCUAGUAGGAAGAGUACGUUGGAACGGAUCCAAAUAUCUUCGAACGAAUACUCUCCGACGAUAUCGGAUAAUAAAAGCGUGACAAGGGAGGUCCGAUAUAUUCCGAAUUCCGUUGAUUUGUCAAAAGUGUCUUACGAAACAUACGAGCCUAGCGCUUCGUCUGUUGUCGACCAUCCUGAGGAAUACGUUCCUACGUCGAAGGGAAUGAAAGCCUCCGUAGAGGAAUAUCAGCCUGAUUUCACUAGCAAGUCUAUGAAAUUUGAUGACAGUUACGUGCCGUCGAGCGUUCAAUUGAUUACCGAAAAUUCGAAGAAAGUAGGCAGACUGAAACGGCAACAGUUAGAGAAACAUUCAUUGCGCCACAAAGAGGUUUCCAAGAAGAAUAUGGACCUCUUUACCUGAAAUAUAUUUUGAUAGUAUAUAUCAAAGUCGAACAAAUAAAUUGGAAGAUAGUAUUUUUAACAAAUAUAAAAUAUAAAUAUCUUUUAAUUUUACUAUAACAUUGUACGAUAAAUAUAUUGUACAAUAAAUAUAAAUUGAA